AAAGGGCACACCUUCCAGCAGCAGCACAGACUUGCUUCUGACGCUUCAGUGAGCACCUGCAAGCUCCAAGACCCGACACCAUGGUGCAUUUUACUGCUGAGGAGAAGGCUGUGAUCACUGGCCUGUGGGGCAAAGUGAAUGUGGAAGAGACUGGAGGCGAGGCUGUGGGCAGGCUCCUGGUGGUCUACCCUUGGACCCAGAGGUUCUUUGACAGCUUUGGCAACAUGUCCUCGCCCUCCGCCAUCAUGGGAAACCCCAAGGUCAAGGCCCACGGCAAGAAGGUGCUGACCUCCUUCGGAGACGCGGUCAAGAACAUGGACAACCUCAAGGGCACGUUUGCGAAGCUGAGUGAGCUGCACUGUGACAAGCUGCAUGUGGAUCCUGAGAACUUCAGGCUCCUGGGCAACAUGAUAGUGAUUAUUCUGGCUUCUCACUUUGGCAGAGAGUUCACCCCUGAAGUGCAGGCUGCAUGGCAGAAGCUGGUGGCUGGUGUUGCCACUGCUCUGGCCCACAAGUACCACUGAAUCUUCAGUGCCCCAGAGCCAUUUGUGUCCCCAACUCCUUCCUUCCGCACAUAGGGACUGGGGUUUGGCCUUGAGAACACAGCUUCUGUUUAAUAAAGUUCAUUCUGUUCAGUGAUCAAAA